AAAUAUAUCAAACCUCUAAAACUUAAUUUGCUAAUUUUGUGUUAAGUUUAUGUCAAAUUCAUAGAUUGUGGUAUCGCCAGUGCCUAAUUAGAUUGGGAAAAUGCAUGCAUAAGUGAAAAUUUGUCAUGGCCUCUAAUAAAAGUAGUAGAACCAUCUAACAUCUCUCCUAACCAUCCAUUCACCACAAUCUUCUCCAAAUAGAUCUAGAAUUUCACUCCCAACCCAUCAAAUCUAACACUAUUUGUUUCACUUUCCAUAUUUUGGUAAUUAAAACUCCCCCUCUUUGCCCUAUAUUAAAAUCCCUCAUAAAUUCUUUUGAAAAACAACAGGCUUUGGGGUUUCAUAUUUGAUAUACAAUUAAAUACAUCAUUAAAACAAGAAAUAAAAAAAUCAAACAUGAAUUCCAAAGCCUCUUGUCUCUUAUCCUUUGCUCUCUUCCUUCUCUUCUCCUCCGCCACGUCCGCCUUCAACAUCACGAAGCUCCUCGGCCGCCACCCAAAUUUCAGCUCCUUCAAUGACUAUCUCACCCAGACUCAACUCUCCCAACAAAUCAACAGUCGCAAUACAAUCACCGUUCUCGCCAUCGACAACAAAGCCAUCGCUAGCAUUUAUGGAAAACCCUUGGACAUGAUCAAGAAGAUCUUGAGCGUCCACGUGGUGCUCGACUACUUUGACGUCCAGAAGCUCACCAUGCUGCCCAGAAAGACCACCAUCCUCAGCACCUUAUUCCAAUCCAGUGGCGCCACCGCCAACCAAGAAGGGCUCUUGAACGUUUCGCUCGUCAAUGAGGGUGAGAUCGCUUUUGGGUCCGCCGUGAAGGGUUCCAUUCUCACCGCCAAGCUUGUUUCGUCGGUGGCGGCUCAGCCGUAUAACAUCUCCGUGCUUCAAAUUACAGCUCCUAUAGUGCCUCCUAGUAUCGAUCAAGCGGCGUUGCCGCCUAAGGCUGCUAAAUCCCCUGCCGCUGUGCCCAAGAAGUCGCCGGCAACGCCUCCGACUCAGGCGCUGUCAAGCACACCGGCUGUCGAAGCUCCUAUGCCAUCUCAAGUGGCUGCUGAUGCCCCUGUAGUUCAUUCAAGACAAGGGCUAUACAGGUGAAAGAAGGUUUGGAGAAAACUGUUGCUGGUAUCACAGUGCCGGUCCAUCCUGAUAAGACAUUGAAAGACAAAAACAACUGGAUUGGCCAAUACGUUACAAAAUCAUGAAAGGCGUUGCUCGAGGGAUUAUUUAUCUUCAUGAAGAUUCUCGGCUUAGAAUUAUACAUCGUGAUCUUAAAGCUAGUAAUGUUUUGUUAGAUGAGGAUAUGAAUCUAAAAGUUUCAGACUUUGGCAUGGCUAAGAUUUUUGGAAUUGACCAAACUCGAGGAAACACUCAUAGGAUUGCUGGCACAUUGCUUGGAAACUUUGGAGGGAUG